AUGGCCUCCGGGUUUACCCCGGGGCUGAUGGAGGCUACAAUCCCUCCGGACCUGAAUGCUGCAACAAAAUGGUCGAACACAACUACAAUAGGCUCCAGAACAGUAGAUGGAAGCGUGGCUAACAGGCGUUUGCCGGAAUGGAUGGAUCCGAACAACGGUGAAUUGACAAUCCUGUCCAUGAAAGCGACAAAAGGCGAACUUCCCGACAAUCCGUUUUUGAUCAAGAAAUCAGUAGAAUUAGUGGCCGGUAACAUUGAAGACGCCAGACCUGAAACUCGAGGAUCACGCUAUAUUCUCAAGGUCAGACAAACCAAGCAAGUUAAAACCCUGUUGGAACUUACGAAGCUAAUUGACGGUACGGAGGUGGUUGUCGAAUUCCAUCAAACGCUUAAUAUCCAAAAGUGUAUCGUAACAUGUUCUUAUGGUAUAAAGAUGGCCGAUGAUGAAUUGUUAGAAGAGCUCCGUCCACAACGUGUUCUCGAAAUUAAACGAUUCACUACAUGGGAUAAAAAGAAAAACACCAGAAUUCCAACUCCUACAAUGAUCGUUACAUUCCAGGGAACCACUAUUCCUCAGUUUGUUUACUUUGGUUACGUAAGAGCUAAGACAAGGCCGUAUUACCCAUCUCCAUUGCAAUGUGGUAAUUGUCAUCGAUUCGGGCAUACCAAACGCAAUUGUCAAGCUAAAUCUAUAUGUCCGAUAUGCUCACAAGAGCAUGAACAAGCAGUGCCUUGUUCUGCUGACGCUCAUUGCGUAAAUUGCAAUGGCGCGCAUAGCGCACGAGCGAGGGAAUGUGCGAUCAAAAUGGCAGAAACCGCGAUCGUUCACAUCAAAGUCGAUGAAGAUGUGUCAUUUGCAGAAGCUCGAAGGAGAUAUGGAGCUCAACAGAAAAUAGCUCCCGCAGAAAACAAUAGGGUUCAACACCGUUUUGAAUUGGCCAAAAAUUCGAUGUACACCGAUAUGAUGAAGAAGUUAGAAGCAAAGGACGAAGAAAUAACAAAACUACGUGGUUUACUUGAAAGGAUGAUUAGGGAGGUAGCAGAGUUAAAAAAAUUCAAAACAGCCGCAUCGAUCUCCAACAAGCCCGAAGCAACCGUACAGCAGAACUCAAACCUUGACUCAGCUUUAAUACCGCGUAUGGAAGUCGACAACAAGACGGACGCCAAAUCAAUGAAACGCCGACAAGACAACUCAACACCAUCUUCACCGAGAAUGUUAUCACCACCCCAGAAGAAAUACGUAGAAAACAGUAAGAAUCAUGACGAUGGUAAGUUCCCCUCACCACCCCCUAGCAGCAGUGUCGUUUAUUCUCGUACAUGCGUCUCUCCAACCCUUGAGGAUCAAUCUGUAUAA